GGCAGUCCGAAACGGAGGCUGAGGCGACCCCGGGCCCAGCGGAAAGAAAGUCGGAGCGAGGGCGGGAGGACGUGUCUGGCGGCGCCUCGAGGUGUCAUCAUAUACAUCUCUCUCUUGAGAACCUAUGCGUAGCAGAAGAUAUGGAGUACAUGAAGGAACCUGCAACCGUCAGCCAGGGGAACAUCCUGUGCUGCCAAUGUGGCACUGCAAUCCCACCAAACCCAGCCAACAUGUGUGUAGCAUGUUUACGGACUCAAGUGGAUAUCACUGAAGGAAUCCCUAAGCAAGUCACUGUUCAUUUCUGCAAACAAUGUGAAAGGUAUCUUCAACCACCAGGAUCUUGGAUGCAAUGUGCCUUGGAAUCAAGGGAACUUCUGACUUUAUGCCUUAAAAAAAUCAAAGCCUCUCUUACUAAGGUGCGGUUGAUUGAAGCAGGAUUUGUAUGGACUGAGCCACACUCCAAAAGACUUAAAGUAAAGCUGACUGUACAAAAAGAGGUGAUGAAUGGUGCAAUUCUUCAGCAAAUCUUCGUAGUAGAAUACAUUGUUCAGUCUCAAAUGUGUGAUGACUGCCAUCGAGUUGAAGCUAAGGACUACUGGAAAGCUGUGGUUCAAGUUAGACAGAAGACUCUACAUAAAAAGACUUUCUAUUACUUGGAGCAAUUGAUUUUAAAGCAUCAACUUCAUCAGAACACUCUUCGGAUCAAAGAAAUUCAUGAUGGCCUAGAUUUCUACUAUGCUUCAAAACAACAUGCUCAAAAGAUGGUAGACUUCCUUCAGUGUACAGUUCCUUGUAGGUCUAAGUCAUCCCAGCGUUUGAUCUCUCAUGAUAUUCAUAGCAAUACUUACAAUUACAAAAGCACUUUCUCUGUGGAGAUUGUUCCAGUAUGCAAGGACAAUGUUAUAUGCUUGUCUCCAAAACUGGCUCAAAGCCUUGGGAAUAUGAGCCAGAUUUGUGUUUGCAUCCGAAUAACUAGUGCUAUUCACAUCAUUGAUCCUAAUACACUGCAGAUUGCAGAAAUCGAUGGAAAUACUUACUGGCGUCAUCCUUUUAACAACUUGUUUCAUCCAAAGAAGUUAGAGGAAUUUAUUGUCAUGGAUAUCAGCAAGAUCCAUGAGAGAAAACAAGGGCCUGGUGCAGGCAUGAAAUCCAGCAAACACACACUUGCUGAAGCCUGGGUUCAGAAAACAUCAGAACUGAAUACAGACCAUCAAUAUUUUUGUCGCACUCACUUGGGGCAUCUUCUGAAUCCUGGAGAUCUUGUAUUGGGAUUUGACUUGGUCAAUUGCAAUUUAAAUGAUGAAUUUGCAAACAAGAUGAACCCACAUAGUGUUCCUGAUGUGGUUUUAAUUAAGAAGAGCUAUGACCGCAGUAAACGUCAACAUCGCAGGAACUGGAAACUGAAAGAAUUAGAGAGAGACAGAGAGGGCAUGGAUACAGAUGAUGAAAGACAAUACCAGGACUUCCUAGAAGAUCUAGAAGAAGAUGAGACAAUUAGAAAAAAUGUCAAUAUUUACAGAAAUGCAACCAUUCCAGUCGAAAGUGACACAGACGAUGAGGGUAUUCCCCGGAUCAGUCUUGCUGAAAUGUUGGAGGAUCUGCAGAUAUCUCAAGAUGCUACUGGUGGAGAAGGUGCUGUCAUGUUGACAGAAUAAGCUAGUAGAUCUUGUAAAUGUGCAAAUGUUUUCACUUAAGGAAAAAGUUGUUACCACAGCAAUCCAUUAUAGGAGGGGUGGGUAACUUGUAGGCCAAAGUAUCUGGAGGGAUCACAAAUUGCCCACUCCUGUAUUACAGGUAUCAUACAGGCUCUACAUGCAAAUAAUCUUAAUAAGGUUUGAACAAAGUUUCAAUAAUAAAUUCUGCUGGAAAGUGUUAAGAAUGGCUAAUAAACUAUAAGAAAAUGUGGUAAACCUGGAUGAUUUUUGUGAACUGCCCAGGGAGCUUCGGCUAUUAGGCGGUAUAAAAAUGCAAUAAAUAAAUAAAUGAAUUUGAGAUUAUUAUUUUUAAAAUAUAUAUCUAAGUUUGUAUAACACUCACUGUAUGGGUUUAUGCAGCAAUAAUAUCAGU